CUUUCUAGAACGACACAUACAGUAACUCCUGUGUCUGCUAUUGGCUGUGUUCAGCAGAUGGCGCAGUUCAAAUAUAGACAAAGUCACAUCAUACAUAAAAGACCAGCUCGUCGCAACACUUUAUCUGAUUCCGGAUGAAACCGUGGUGGAAUAUUUCAACGAUAUUUACUUCUGUUUGAUUUUAUUUCUAGGCACCUCACAAAGGUUGUGAUAUACAGUGAAGCUUCCUAACACGCAUGGGAACAUGUCAGGACUGUGUCAGGACCGAAGCAGCCGGUGGCAGAGUAUUGAAAAAGGCCUGCAGUUUAUCCAGUCUACCCUGCCGUUCAAUGGCUCUCAGGAGGAUUAUGAGCUGUUUCUUCAGGACCUGGUGAGGAAUCUGUACGGCGAGGGCAACGACGUGUUCAGCGAAGGAGACUGGGCACGAUCUGUCGAGCUUUACACCGAAGCUCUCGGCGUAUCCGAAUAUGCGGCAUCAGAAGACAUCGACGUACCUCGUGAAACGAGGGAGAGGCUCCAUGCUAACCGUGCCGCAGCUUACUUACACAUUGGUCACCAUGACCAAGCCUUGGAGGACUGUGACCAAGCUCUUCAGCUGAAUGAGAACAAUUACAGAGCACAGUAUAGAAAAGCCCGAUGCCUUAAAGAGUUAGGGAGACACCAGGAAGCCUAUGAUGUCGUCGCUAAGUGCUCCAUGGCAGUGCCUCAGGAUAGUAGAGUGAUUGAACUGACACAGGACCUUGCCAAAGUAUUGGGAUUAAAAAUCCGUAAAGCCUACGUCAGAGGCAAGCCUGCCUUAAACGUUUUAUCUGGACCCAGUGCAUCGGGAGCAACAAAUGAAAAGUUUUCUCAGAGCUCUUCUUCCGUGGAAGACAUCGAAAUAGACGAGUGUACGCUUGCUCAGGCCACUGGCACUUUGUUGCCAGUUAAUAUGCCUGUGUGUCCUCCUGGGAGGCAGAUAACCGAAGUGGAGCCUCAGCCUGUAAAAAUAAUAUCCUCCGUAAACCCCGCUGUCCUGCCAAACCCUGAGCCCCUUCCUUUGGUCCUGCCUGCGGUAAACGGAUCCAAGUCCAGCGAUUCUUUUGCACCGCUAGACUUGGACGGAGACAUUUUAGGAGAUGAUCUGGAUGAACUGCUGGAUAAAGCAGCUCCAGCUGACCCUCCCAUGGUCAUUCCGAUAGUGACGGGUCCUCUUCCCUUAACGAGCAGUAUGGUAACGCCGUCCUCCGUGGCCACUACCCUUGGGUCGAACCCCUACAUGCUCAUGGGUCCACAGUGCACCGUGACUCUGCCUGCACCUUAUCACAAACCCAGCUCAUCCAUCUUCGACCUGGACACCUUCUCACCACUGGAUUCACUGGACAGCUUGUCUAUUUCUGACUCUCAGCACGAACCAACCUUUCCACUGGAGAUCGGUUUCGGCCAGCAUCCCUUCAUGAUGGCCUGCAGUGAAAGAUCCCUACCCUCAGUGCUGCCCAUGGGAGCAAGCACUUAUACACAGGAGCUUCCACAGCAGGCAGACAUGGCCACAAACCCACUAUCCGAAAGCCACGAGUUUAAACAAGCCUGCUCUAUGUGCUUCGUUAAAACCGGUCCUGGGGUAUUAGACUACUCCUAUCAGAACGAUGACCAUAAAUGUAAGAAAGACUUUCUGAUCGGAAGAACCAAACACCCAGAGAAUCACACCUGGAAAUUGAUUCGCCCGAGACCCACAAAAAACCAGUACAUGGGGCUUUAUUAUAUCUGCAAAGAUGUGGCUAAUGGAGACGAAUGUAAGUACCCUGGUCACUGCACAUUUGCUUAUUGCCAAGAAGAAAUCGAUGUCUGGACUCUGGAGCGCAAGGGCUUAAUCUCCAGGGACCUGCUUUGCGAUCCGAGUGGGAGCCGAACAAAGCUUAAUCUGACCGUUUCCAGAAUCCUACAGGAGCACCAAGGGAUAUUUCUGUUCCUUUGUGAGGUGUGCUUCGAUCACAAGCCGAGAAAAAUCAGCAAACCCGGUGUCUGCUCUCAUCAAGUGAAACCGCAUGGGAUUGAUCAGAAUAAGUGCCUUGUCCAUCUAUUGAGGAAUCCUACGCUGAAGUACUCCAAAAUUCGCCAAUACCAUCCGCAGUGCCAGCUGGAUCUGUGUCGGCACGCGGUGCGCUACGGCUGUCAGCGAGAGGAUUACUGCUUCUUCGCCCACAGCUUCAUCGAGCUCCAAGUGUGGAUAAUGCAGCGUGACAAAGGUAUUACACAUGAAGCUAUUGUUCAGGAGGCUAAAAGCUUGUGGAGUACUGAGCACAGCUCACAAGAACAGGUGAGGUUUUUUAACACCACGUUCACGCCGUUUAAAGCUGGAACGUGUUUGUGUUCACCCCUGGGUUUACCCGUGUGUCGUGUUCCUCAGGAGCUGCAAGCCGUCAUGAAGUUCGGCCCUCCGAACCUUAAACUGCAGUUUGUAUGUGGGCAGUGCUGGAGGAACGGGCAGCUCAGUGAGGCCGACAAGCAGAAGAAGUACUGCAGUGCCAAGGCCAGACACCCAUGGUCCAAAGAGAGACGAGUGGUUCUGGUGAGCUCAGUGGAACGGAGGAAGUGGAUAGAGGUCCGUCCUCUCCCAACAAGAAAGCCUGCGCCUGCUCAGUUUGAGAUUUGCUUGCACGUGGCUGCAGGUAAAAAAUGUCAGUAUAUUGGGAACUGCACUUUUGCCCACAGCGUGGAGGAGAAAGAUCUAUGGACGUAUAUGAAAGAUAACAAUAUUGCAGAUAUGGAGCAGCUUUAUGAGAAUUGGCUUCAGUUUCAGAAGCCAGGCAGCAAUGACGAGAGCUCAAGGAAGGAGAAUGGGAAACAAAUUCACAUGCCCACAGACUAUGCAGAGGAAGUGGCUGGUAACCACUGCUGGUUGUGUGGGAAGAACUGCAAUAGUGAGAAACAGUGGCAGCAGCACAUCACCUCAGAAAAGCAUAAGGACCGCAUGUUCAACUCUGAGGACGACCAGAACGGCUGGCAGUAUCGCUUCCCUACUGGGGUUUUUAAAGUCUGUGAUCGGUUCCUCAAGGGCACGUGUCCCAGCGGAGAGAGGUGCACUAUGGCCCACGGCGACGAGGAGUUGAAGGAGUGGGUGGACCGCAGAGAAUUUCUUUUGAUGAAACUUGCCAAAGCCACAAAAGAUCACUUGAUAGCGCCGAACGAUAACGACUUCGGCAAAUAUAGUUUUCUGCUUAAAGACAUUUAAGUAAAUUGCAUUUCUUAAUUCAAGAACGUGCCAGAGAUGUUUGAAAAUCACAUGUCUGGGAUAGAGUGUUGAAGCGGACAGGCUUCGGUUCAGUUCGACAAGCUUCGGUUCAGCUCGAGAGCUGAAGCUUUUUUUUUCUUUCCUCGGGUUGAUGUUAACAGUAAACACGGAGCUGGUUUAUUUAGCGCAAUCUGCUAAAUUAUGGCUGUGUAAGUGUUAGCAUUUAACACGGGGGUAAAAAAAAAAAAAACUCAUGUUCCAGCUCUAAGUGUUAUACAACGGGCCUCUUUUCAGAUUCCUUGACUUGUCAGGCCAAAGACACCAAAGAAAGAAAGACUACAGUAUAAAUGAUGAUGAUAAUUCUAUUUGGUUACAUGAUCGCAACAGGCUUUAAGAAUUUAUUGGGUUGGUUUCUUCCCAUUUUAUUUGAAAUUGCAUUGAUUUGUUUUUCCUUUCUGUCUUCGUUAUUUUCUAUUCCCUGGUGUUAGUAUUGAAUUAGCCUGUUGGUAAUGGUCACUUUUCUGGUCUGUCAUGUGACGGGAGCACGAACAACGUUACGUGUUGUGCCACGUAUGAGAAAUAAGCUGAAAAUAAUUUCAGGGUGGAUUUGGAUAAACGCUUUGUCAGAUAGUUGGAGACUUUUUGCUCUGAGAUUAGCUUCAGCAUGAUUCAGAAGUUUCUUUGUUUUUUUUUUUGUUUUUUAAUAUCUAAAUGAUUUCUAGCUUUACCGAGUUCUCGUUCUACUUAUUUUACGUUCUGAUUUAUUCACCAGUCUCGUGAAAAGUGCCAGUGCUCUUACUACGGUGUAAUAUUUAUAUUAUCCAGACAUCUAUGACAGACGCAUGUGAGACUUAGCGAGUCGUGUAAGAUUGGACCCGUGAGGUGCUGCAUUUUCCUCUUUUAGUCAUUAUUAUUAUUAUUAUUAUUGCUGUGGACUCUCACACUCGCACAGGAAGUGUACGUGUCAACUGGCAACGAACGAACAUGACUCGUCGUAGAAAAGCAUGUUUUACUGCAUUGUUUAUCCGACCUUUACGGAGUGUUUUAAACACAAUAAUCUUUCCCUAACUCUCUGUACCAACAGUGUAAAUGCCAUAAAUUUCAUAAACGCCUCAUCGUGCUAUAAAGAAAGACGUCACUCCGCACUCCAUAUUAUGGAAAUAAAUGAUGUUCUGUAUAGAUCUCAGUAUUUAAUAUUAACGUCCAGGUCUCAGUGUGUGAAGGAGCAAUGCUGAAACAUAGCAUUGUUUGUUUUUGCAUGUUUGAAUUUAAAAAAAAAAGCGUAUUUUUUUUAACACCAGUACAUUGGUUAUGUCAAUUUAAAGUGUUACUGUGCAAAUCAGGAUCUCUAAACCCCAGAGACCUACAAAAUUGCCAGCAUCUGUUCAACCAAGCAGGAGAACUUCACUAAGUACCUUGGCCUUUAGUCAGAUGGGUUUUUUUUUUUUUUUUUUGAGGUUGUAUUUCAAAUUAUGUCAUGGCUUUGAUUGAUCUUGGGUUGAAGAGAAAUCACAGGAUUUCUGACGUAAUCGCUAUUAUGGCAUUGUGCUGUCUGUCUGUACUGAUGUUCUCGCUUCCUCUGGCCUCCUGUCAAGCAGAUUUUGUCCAUUUAUGUUCCUGUUCAUUCAUUUAUUUAUUUUCCCUGUUCUUACACAGUUCACUUCAUUCUUCACUUCAAAUUCACAAUCCUUUGUUUUUCCUUUUAAAUACAAAUACUUUUUUUUGUUUGUUUGUUUCAAUGCGAUAUUUUCAGAUCUGAUCUAGUUCGAAGAGUUCUACAGUAGUUGCUGAACCUUAAACCCUGAGCCACAGCCGUUAGGAGAUGGGUUUUGUUUUUCUUUCUCUCUGCUUGACUGAUCCAGACUAAUGUGUGAAUAAAACGGAACAUGUUCGGAAUUGUUUGUUAAAUUGUCCCCCCCCCCCCCCCCCAAAACAUUAAACCGUAUGAUAAAUCCUAA